AUGUUUCGGAGGGCUCACGCGCGCUCUGAUCCACCGGCCACUCGACAUGUGCUUCAGACAUCAAAAUUCAACUUUCCAACCAAUCCCGGAGAUCUAUGUGAGCUCGAGGAAUUCACGGAAGCUUUUGUGCAGAAACGGAUGGAACUAAAUCUUUCUCAGAAAAUGGUGGCAAGAUCCUUGAAACAACUUUAUGGCAUUAAUCGUAGUGCAACGUUUAUUUCUCGGAUAGAACGCCUUGAUAUUGGCCUGAGCCACUACCUGAGCGUGUACCCUGUCCUACUUCAGUGGCUAAAAGGUACUGAAGAUCCGGAAACCUGUGAAGCCAUCAUACGCACUGCCCUUGGUGGUCAGCCCACAGACAGCUCCACACCCGUCCACUCCCAACGCAAAAUGGUGGCAAGAUCCUUGAAACAACUUUAUGGCAUUAAUCGUAGUGCAACGUUUAUUUCUCGGAUAGAACGCCUUGAUAUUGGCCUGAGCCACUACCUGAGCGUGUACCCUGUCCUACUUCAGUGGCUAAAAGGUACUGAAGAUCCGGAAACCUGUGAAGCCAUCAUACGCACUGCCCUUGGUGGUCAGCCCACAGACAGCUCCACACCCGUCCACUCCCAACGCACCCGGCGUUUAGGGCUGAGGAUUCGUCUUGCAUCCUAUUUGCGUGCAACGUCUGCUCAUCACUUGGCGCCGACAUCCUCAGGUAUCUCGAAAUCCAUCUUCAAGCCUCGACGCCCAGUCUAUCUGGCCGCCUUCAAUGUCCGCACUCUGAAGCGAGCAGUUCAACAAGCUGCUGUUGCUCUCACACUGGACUCGCUUGGUUUUGAUGUGUGCUGUGUCUCUGAAACAAGGAUUCAAGAUACAAGCACAGUGACUGAGCUAACCGCUCCGUCAGUCUCCACUCGCUUCCAGAUACGUAUCUCUGGUGAUCCAGAAGCUACUGCGGCGCGAUGUGCAGGGGUUGGUAUCGUCCCAAGUCAUCGGGCUAAAGUAUCCUUAAUUGACUGGGUACCUGUUGAUAGUCAUCUCUUUGCGUUUCGUCUGGCAACGUCUGUUGAUUGA